AAAGGAAACGAAGAUUACACCUUCCUCUUAGAAUUACUCAGCAUGCAGUUAAAAUGAUCGCAUUGAUAAUCAAGAUUUGAUGUAGCCAGUAAUAACGUAGCGCGAGAGUAACAGAUUGAUGGCGACAUUUUUCAGGUUCAUGGUGCAACAGAACCGAAGAGAUAAGUUGACCUUUUUCUUUCUGCUUCUUUAAAUAAUAUUGAAUACAAAUAUACCUGAGUAUGGUAUCCGACAAAUUCUUUGCUAUCGUUGCCGGUGUCGGCCCGGGGACGGGAAGAUCAGUGGCCAUCCGAUUCUCGGAAGCCUACCCGGUUGUUCUGCUGGCUCGCUCCCCAGAAAGCUACAACAAUGUUGUCGCCGAGAUCAGUAAGGCCGGCAGGAAGGCGAUCGGCAUUACUGCCGAUGCAACGGAUGAGUCUUCUAUCACAUCAGCGUUCGAAACUAUCAAGAAGGAGCUCCCCGACUUCAAGCUCGCAGCUACGAUCUACAACGUUCGACCCAACUCACGACCAAGCCGUAAACCAUUCUUGGAAUUGACUUUAGAGGACCUAGAUACCAGUUUGAACGGCAAUAUUCGUGGUCUCUUCAACUUUGCUCAAAGCAUAUUGCCUCUACUGCUCGGGUCGGUAGAGCAUUCUCCUCAACCGCCAACUCUGAUAGUAACCGGGGCGACCGCAUCGAUUAGAGGGUCAGCAAAAUGGUCUGUUAUUGCCGCGGGCAAAUCUGGGCAGCGCAUCUUAACGCAGUCUUUGGCAAGAGAGUUCGGUCCGCUGGGAGUUCAUGUCGCCCAUGCCGUCAUCGAUGGCGGCAUUGAUGUCCCUGACGCGACGCAUUAUCCUCGCAAUGACGGAACUCCAGAUGGCAGAAUCAGUCCUUAUGCUAUUGCCGAAAGCUACUGGUAUCUGCAUACGCAACAUAAAUCAGCAUUCACCCAGGAGUUGGAUUUGAGACCUUUCAUCGAGCAUUUCUAAGUGAACAGACUUUGAACAGGCUCUAAAGAAUCAUUCAGACAAGCCUCAAUGGAUAGCCUGCUUUUGCUACCCAGAACUUGAAUCUCUGCACAAAAUUGGAAGCUCACACUGCGACGGCGAGGAUUUUUUGAGGAGGAUGUUGAUCUUGUUUCAUAUCUCAGUCAUUAAUGAAAGUCACAUCCAUGUGAUAUCAUUCGC